GAGUGGUCAACUGGAAUCCUAGCCGUUCAAGCUCGAAAGGGACUAUAUAGGCCUCAAGAACCCUGAAGCGUGGAAACUCGGCGCAGCGUGGACGAAAAGGCGCUAGGGUUUCCUCGGAAAUUAGAAGGUUGCAGUGGAAGGAUGCCUCGUUACAGUGACCGCCAUGCGAACACGAGACUUUAUGUUGGACGCCUAUCUUCAAGAGUUCGUUCGCGUGACCUUGAGGACCUUUUCAGCAGAUAUGGAAGAGUACGGGAUGUGGACCUGAAGUACGACUACGCCUUUGUUGAAUUUAGUGAUCCACGAGAUGCUGAUGAUGCAAGGUAUAAUUUGGACGGACGAGAAUUUUACGGUGCUCGUAUUAUUGUUGAAUUUGCCAGAGGGGGCCCACGUGGUCCCGGAGGUUCUCGUGAAUAUCUUGGGAGGGGUGCACCACCUGGUUCUGGUCGCUGCUUUAAUUGUGGUCUUGAUGGACAUUGGGCGAGGGAUUGCAAAGCAGGGGAUUGGAAAAAUAAGUGCUAUCGAUGUGGUGACAGAGGUCAUAUUGAGAGGAACUGUCAGAACAGUCCCAAGGAGCUAAAGCGUGGGCACAGUUAUUCUCGCUCUGCAUCUCCUCGACGUGGUGGAAGGAGCCGUAGCCGAAGCUAUAGUCGAAGCCGGAGCUAUAGCCGAUCUCGAUCUCCCGCACCAAAGAGAGACAGCCGUUCAAAGAGUCCACGUGACAGCCGGAGUCCGAGCCGGAGCCCUCCACCUUCCAAGGGAAAGAAGCACAGCCCAUCUCUUUACGGGAGCCGAAGCCCUAGCCCUCGGCCCAAAGAGGAACGCAGGGAAGCCGAGCGAGAAGGUUCUGAUUACAGCCGGAGCCCGAGGAGGGAGUACAGCAGGAGCCCCGCAAGUUCAGGAAGGGAGAGAACCCCAGCUGGUGUAAGGAGCCGAAGCCCAGAGGCCAAUGGACGGAGCCCAAGCCCUCGGGAUGAUGGUGAUGGCACCGAUAACGGUUCUCCCAGAGGCAGUGAAUCUCCUCGAGACUAAAUAAGUUUGUGAGCUGUUCCUGAACUAUUAUGAGAAACAAUGUGAACUUCGUUGUUUGAACUUGCUGCUGUUGUCAUAUUUAGUUAUGCACGCUCAUGCACUGCUUUCUUUGUUAAAUUUUGUUGCCUUGGUUUUUUUUUUAAUUUCUCGGAACUCGAUUUGGCACUUUAUUUGCUUAGGUUUGAGGAUUUUGAACUAUGGUGGUAUUUAUUUUUUGUGGUCAAUAUUGCAAAUGCAACUGGUAUGGGGUUUGCAGGGAUUCUGUUCCUAGUGAAA